AAUGAUUAAGGAUGAAGAAACCAAAAUGGCUGAGGAAAGACACAAAGAAUGAUUCUCUAUUCAUUUUUCCUUUUUAAAGGCAUGAGCUGUAAGCAACAUUUGAAAACAAUAUGACAGGAGGAGGCUAGUAAAAGUAGAGUUGGCAUAACAAUCAAACAACCCAAAGUUGAUUAUCAUGAAAGAUUCCUUUCCUUUCUUUAUCUCAAGAAUAAUUGUCUGUUUAAGUAAGGUAUUUAUCUAAGAAUGAGUUGUGACUCAAAUAUUCUUUUAUUUUGAGCACCCUUAAACCACAAAAUUAAUAAGUUUCUCUUUCUUUCUCACAUUCUUCUCUUCUUGUUACAAUCUUAAAUCUUUCCUUAUUUCCAACAAUCGAACCAUGGAAGUCGUUCUUGAGCCUGUCGUCUCCGAACUCUUUGAGGGGUUGUUUAAGAUAUUGGGGUCCAAUGAAGUGCGGGACUUUGCCCGGCAACUCGUUGGAGGGGUAGAUUCAAAGAUCAAAAAGCUGGAGAACAAGUUGCAGAUGGUUGAAAACCUUCUUCGCAAUGCAGAAGACAGGCAGCUGAUGGAUAAACGCGUCAAAGUGUGGCUUGACAAUCUUCAACACUGGGCUUAUGAUGCGGAGGAUUUAUUGGAUGAGUUUGCCUACAAAGCUUUGCGACACAAACUGAAGGCAGAACACCAGGCUUGCUCUAGCAAAGGAUUUAGCAGCCUCCCUGCUAGUUUCCCUAGUCCUUUCUUCGCUAUCUACAUGGGGUCCAAGAUCAAAGAAAUCAAUAGCUGAUUGGAACAACUCUGUGGGCAAAGAUCAGAAGAACGUAAGUUGAUGGAGCUUUCUGGACUGCCACCAACUAACCUCUCUGCACCGCAAAAACCAUAGGAAACUUCAAGCGUCCCACUCGGACAAGGUUUUUCUGGCAGAAAUGAAGAGAAAGCUGAACUACUGGAAAUGGUGAAAAAUGGAGCUAACUUUCAAGUAAUAGCAGUUGUCGGCAUGGGAGGGAUCGGCAAAACAACAAUUGCUCGGGAAGUGUACCAUCAUGAGUUGGAAGAUUUCAAGUUUGAGAAAAAAGCGUGGGUGUGUGUUUCAACCACCUUUGACGUUCUCAAAAUCUCAAAGGAACUUCUUCAGCAAGUCUCAUCCUUUGAUCCAAAUAAUUAUAAUUUGAAUGAAGUGCAAGUUAAGUUGAAAGAGGCAGUAAGUGGAAAGCAAUUCUUGAUAGUAUUAGACGAUAUUUGGAAGGUGGACUACAACGAAUGGGAAACGCUUACGUCUCCUUUCGCAGCUGGUGCACCUGGAAGCACAAUGAUCGUGACAACUCGCCAUACAGAUGUUGCACAAACAAUAAGAUGCUCUCAUACUUAUCCAUUGAAGCUUUUUUCCGACGAAGCUUGUAAGUCCUUGUUUGAGAAGCACGCAUUCGGGACUGGUGCAGCUGCUGCUCCCAAUCAAAUUUCGAAUUCAAUUUACAAGAGAGUUGUUGAAAGGUGUGGCGGCCUACCACUGGCAGCAAAGACCCUUGGUGGUCUUCUACGCUUUAAACAAAGCGAUACUUGGGAAAAUAUAUUAGAAAGCAAAAUAUGGAGUACAUCUAAUGAAAGUGAUCACAUUCUCCCAACAUUAAAGCUAAGCUACCAUUAUCUUCCUCCGAAUCUAAAAAGAUGUUUUGGCUAUUGUGCAAUUUUUCCUCAGGAUUACGAAUUUGAGGAGAAGGAACUUGCACUUCUAUGGAUUGCGGAAGGUAUUGUUCAACCAUUUGAUAAACAACUAGAUGAGGCAGGUGAGUGUUUUAAAAGAUUAUGUUCAAGGUCGCUUUUCCAACAAUUGAAUACUCAUAGUUCAAACUAUGUUAUGCAUGAUCUUGUUCAUGAUCUAGCUCAAUUGGUUUUUAAAGGAAUCGGUUUAAAUUUUAGCAAAAUAUUGUUGAGCUACCAAAAAAAUUUGAGAAAAUUCAUCAUUUCACUUAUGAACCGGAUGAUUAUAUUGAAAAAAAUAAAUUUAAAGCUUUGGAAAGAGUAAAAAGUUUAAGAACAUUUUGUCCCAUGAGGCAUGGAUCUGGAAGUUAUAUAAGUGCUACAAUCAUUUUUUAUUCGUUGCCAAAGUUAGAAAAGUUGAGAGUACUAUCUUUUGAAGGACAUCGGAUCGUUUAUUUACCUAAUUUAAUUGGAGGUAUGAUGCAUCUAAGGUUUCUUAACUUUUCAAAUACUUGGAUAAGAAGUUUGCCUGAGUCAACGUGCCAAUUAUUUAACUUACAAACUUUGUUAUUAAAAGAUUGUUCUUAUCUCAUGAAGUUACCUUCUAAAAUGAGAUAUUUGACCAAUUUAUGUCAUUUUAAUAUAAGUGGUAAAAAUUUAUUGAAAAAGAUGCAAUUUGGAAUGAAUGAGUUGAAAAAUCUUCAAAUAUUGUCUAAUUUUAUUAUGGGCAAGGAUACAGGUUCUAAUUUAGAAGAUUUGAAGAAUUUAAGUUUUCUUCGAGAGCUUUAUAUUUCAAAAUUACAAAAUGUGACAGAUUCAAAUCAAAUACGAGGGAAAAAUACUAAGUAAUAAAAACAAUCUAAAAGAGUUAUUGCUAGAAUGGAGAUAUCAAGUAAACUCACUGAAAGCAGAUGUAGAAAUGAAUAUACUUGACAAGCUAAAGCCUCCUAGCAAUUUGAAAGAACUCAUAAUCUGAGGCUAUGGUGGUGAAAGUUUUCCAUCUUGGUUAGGAGAUUUGUCAUGGCUCUCUAAUUUGGUGGUUCUUAAAUUAGAAGAAUGCAAGAGGUGCAUGUCUUUGCCUUCACUUGAAAUGUUGAGCUCACUUGAAGACUUAACCAUUAAAGACAUGGCAAGUCUAAAAAGAAUAGAUUUUCAAACACCUUUCAAGUCAUUAAAGUUUCUUCGUUUUGAGAAUUUGAAAGAAUGGGAGUAUUGGGAUAGCAAGAGAGGAAAUAAAGAUAUUGAAAAUUUUCCUAAGCUACAUGUUCUUUUUAUUGAAACAUGUCCCCAACUUACUGGAGAAGUACCUGAUUAUCUUUCUUCAUUAGAAAGAUUUGUUAUUAAGAAUUAUCCAAAGUUGGUAGUCUCAUUCUGAAAUUUUCUAAUACAUUGCAAAUUAGAACUUGAUGAUUGUGAAGGAAUGGUAUGUAAUGAUGGUUCGACUAGUUUUAAAAAGUUGGGUUCUCGAUAUCUUGCAAAUAUUCUGGAGGUUGAAGAUAUAUUAAAGAAAGGAUCUCAAAGAUUAGAUUCAUUUUGGAUUUAUCAAAAUGGAGAGAGAUUAUGGAAUCAUAGCAAAGUUUGAAGAACACCAGUUUUCUUUCCCAUCUAAAUUCUCUUAAGAUUAGUGAGUGUCAAAAUCUAACAUCCAUAGGAAGGGGCAUGCUACCUUCAUCUCUAAAGGAACUUGAGAUUAGUUGGUGCUGGAAGCUAACAUUUAUUGGUAACAAUGCCCUACCUUUAUCUAUAAAAAGGCUUAAGAUUAUUUACUGUUGGGAACUGAAAUUUUUGAAGGAUUUAAGUGUUUGUCUUCUUGAGUACUUGGAGAUUUAUUUGUGUGAUUCUCUCAAGUGCAUAUCAGUAGAUGGCCCAUUGCCUGAGACAAUCAGCCAACUAGAUAUUCGAAGUUGUAAAGCGCUGGUAACAUUAUCAUCUAGUAGAAAUGAGUACCUCCCUAAGGCACUUACGUGCAUCUUUAUCUGGGGUUGUGAAAAGCUAAAGUCAAUUGGUGAGUCCUUUAAUAAUAGCCCAAGUCUUGAAAAAAUUACUUUAAUGGAUUGUAAAAAUGUUGAAUCCUUACCUUUAGGUCUACACCAUCUUCCUUGCCUUGAGCUUAUUGAAAUAAAAGAAUGUCCAAAAUUGAUGGUGAGAGAUGGUGUUCUCACCAGCCUUAGACAACUCUUAAUUAAUGAAUGUGAAGAUGACAAGGGAAUGGGAAUGGGAAUGCUCACCUCUCUAAAAAGGUUGCGAAUCGAAGAACUCCCGCAGCUUAAAUCCAUCUCAGACGUGACCAACAUCGCCUCUCUUGAAAGGUUGGCUAUCGGUUUUCUCCCACAGCUUGAAUCCGUCCCAGAACUGAACAACCUCAACUCUCUUAAGGCAUUCACCAUUCAAGGGCUUGAACGAAUUCCAAAUUUCAGCAGCCUCACCUCCCUCACAGAGUUGUACAUUGGAUACUGCACAGAGCUCGAAUCAAUGCCAAUUCUCAAAGGCCUCACCUCUCUUGAAUGGUUGGUGAUCGAGUGUCUCCCACAGCUUGAAUCAAUCCAAGAUCCGAGCAACCUCGCCUCUCUUAGGCAUUUCGGCAUUAAGAAAUGCCCAAGGCUUAAAUCAAUUCCAAAUCUUAGCAGCCUCACCUCUCAUGGAAGAUUGGACAUUGAGGAUUGCCCAAGGCUCAAAUCCAUUCCGGGCCUUGGUAACUUCACAGAUUUAUCAAUUAAGAAAUGCCCAAAACUCAAAUCCCUGCAAACCCUUCCAUCCUCACUUCAGUCUUUAGAUAUUAAAGAUUGUCCACUGCUUAUAAAAAGAUUGAAAAGUGUUACGGGAAGAUAUUCCUCAAAGAUUGCUCAAAUUCCUAAAGUUGAAAUAGAUAGCAAAUUCAUCUACAAUUCAAAGGAGUACAUAGUUGAUGAUGGGACCUUUCUCUAAUUUUCCUGAUUGCACAGAUAAAUCUAAUUCCAUCAAAGCUGAUCGUCAACAAUAAUCUCUCAAUUGUAGUUUGUCCAGGCAAUUCAUUUAACUUUAAUCAAUUUGACAUAAAUCCUCUGCUCCAGAACUUCUCUACUUUGUCAUCUCAUAGAUUGUUUCAACUCUUGUGGUUCCAAGGAUCACUACACUUGAAUUAACAUUGCAGAAAUCGUUGGGGAGCUUAAAGUUUUCCUUCUCCAACUUCAUGUAAGCAUAUUUUGACUUUUCAACAAGAUCAAACGUCAUUUCUGUUUCACACAACUAACUGCAUACGGAGUUCACCAAAUGGUGAGAAAAACUAAGAUAUUCUACUAAAACAGUACAACUAGUCAAUGUUCAUCGAACAAAGCAUGUGAGCUAUUCUUUCUCGAUCCUUUUACAUAGUCUUAUUCUUGCAUAUUCCUACCAUCAUUGCACUUUUAUUCCAGAAAAAACCUGUCUCUUUAAUUUGAAUGUUUUAAUAUUUAUGGUGAAUCCUGAAAGAAUUUUGAGAAGAUGAAAGACUCGAAUAAGAAGUUUAGCAUAUGACGUUUCUGCAGUAAUUUGUGAUCAAUUAGUUUCUAUAAUGGUAAGUUCUUAAUUGGGUUGCUCUCAAAGUCACAUUAUUUUAUGUUGGUUUGCCUAUUUGCAACACAAAUAUUGAUAAUUGUCCCUUGUUACAUGACAACUUGUUGUAAUAAAGAAAAGGAAAGACAAGACAAGAAAUCUCCUCAAGGAAAUGGAUGAGAUUAAAGAACUUUACAUCACUUUGGAAAUUUGUGAUCUGAUUGCAGAGUUUGAAAGUUAAGUACAUGAACAGCAACAUAGCUACAGAAAUGGAGAAAAUAUGAAGAGUUUUGAAGAAGAAACCACUAGAUCAUUGCUUCACAAACUUGGGCUUCAUUGUGUUGCUAUGGCAUCGUAAACUUAUUAUGAUGAUAAGAGGAAUGUGAAGCUGACAGGGCAACAAUGUAGGCAAGGGAAAUCUGCUGAAGCAACAUGUGAUCAGAUCCAAUGGUGGAUCAAAGAAUGCCAAAAAAUUAAAAAAACCUCUAAAAUUUUCAUCUCUUGAUCUUGUGGAGAUUAAGAAGUGUUCUCUGCUUGUAUAUUUUGCUAGAGACGGCUUGCUGGAUAUUAUAAUCUCAAGCCUUUACCAGAUCCAGGUUCUUUUCUUCUUUUGCCUCUCCAUAACUACUUCUCCACUCCUAUUUCACCACCUUAGCCAGGGAUAUACUUGCGGUCCCCUGUUUUGGCUGCUUGUCCAUUAUCUCUUGUUGCUUGUCUGCUGCAUGCUUCCUUGCUGGAUGUUUGACAUCUGUUGCCUCCAGAGCCUUGCCACUUGUACUGAAAAUUCCUUAACUUCUCUCCUCUUCACAUACACAUGAGUCCCAACAGUUAAUCAUUGUUGGGAGAAAGAAACAAAAGAGAAGUCAAUGCACCUUUUACAGGAUACAUGGCAAGAUUAAAAGACAUGACUCACCAACUAUCUUAUUGUUCAUAACAUUGUAAGUUGUAACUAUUGUAUCUAGUUUUUCAGUUGUUCUUUAA